CUCUCUCAGUCUCUUUGCCUGUCUCUCUAAGUCUCUCUCAGUCUCUCUCUCUCUCCGUAUAUCUCCCUCUCCCCCAUUAUCUCUCUCUCUCCCUCAGUCUCUCUCCCUCAGUCUCUCUCUCUCUCUCUCUCUCUCUCAGUCUCUUUUCCUCUCGGUCUCUCCCUCAUUCUCUCUCUCAGUCUCACUCUCCAUCAGUCUCUCUCCCUCAGUCCCAGCUGUUGAUCAUAUUUCCCACAGCCCCUGAACGCCUCCCCCAGCCUCCACCGGAGCGUGGUUACCGGACCUGAGAGCAGCUCGGCCCCGCUCGGACCUCACACGCGCCCGGGAGAGGACGGAACGCAGCAGCCCGGUUCACGGUGGCGUCUUUACUCGUCGGUAACAAUCCUGGUUUUGCCGGCCCAGACGAUGGCUGAGAAGAAGACUCGAGCCGCUCUGGCCGUGAUGCUCCUCCUCGCCCUGAGUCUGUCGGGCGGUGACUUGUCGGCCGGGUCGGACUGCAGCACAGAGGUGAACGCCCGGGUGGGUGUGGUGUCGGCGGUGGUGUCGGCGGUGGUGGACAGGCAGAGGGCGGAGCAGAGCCAGAGGAGACACCUGGAGGCUUUGUUCAGCAGAUAUGGAGAAAAUGGCACCAUCUCUCUGGACGGGUUGAAGCGUCUCUUACAGAGCGUGGGGCUGGAUCGCGUCCGGACCGUGAUGGUGCAGCAUCACGAGCAGCUAGGACACGGUCACCACCACCACCACCAUCAUCACCACCCCCACCCCCAUCACCACGAAAGCCAUGACCACCAUCACCACCCCGGCCACAACCACUCGCAGCACCAGAAGCAUGUCCACGCCGAGCCCUCGCAGCCCGGGAAGUUCCCUCCGAGCGUGGAGAAUCCAGAGGGCACGCUGAGGAAGAAGGUGGAGAACACGGAGAGCCAUCACAACCUGUACGACAAGAAGAGCACGGCGGCAGCUCAGGAGGUCGGCACCACGGCCGUGUACACUGCUCAGCUGGCCCUGAAGCAAGGCAGCAGCCUGGAACAGCCCAGUCCACCAACCACCGGAGCUGCCGCCAGGCGGGGAACCGGCAACCACACACAAGCUGCUGCACCCAGUGACCAGGACUCAGAGUAUGAUCAAGGUCACGUCAAUGGAAACCACAGCUCGGAGACUGUUGAGUGCCUGAACGUGUCCAGCGUCCUCUCCUCACAUGGGAUGUCUCAGGGGGGGGGUGUGACCCUCGGAGACUUCAGCUACCUCUGCCCCGCCCUCCUCAACCAGAUCGACUCUGGAGCCUGCAUCGUGCACGGAGAGGACACCAGACCUGGAGACACAGACCAUAAACAUCAUAAACAUGCUCACGGUCACCAUGGCAAUCACAACCACUCAGACCACAGCGAGCGCACGGCCGGAGAAACCAGCAAGAGCAUCACAACAGCGUGGGUGGGGGGGCUGGUCUCCAUCACCAUCAUCAGCCUGCUCUCCCUCCUCGGCGUCCUGCUCAUCCCGCUCAUGAACAGAGAUUUCUUCAAGUUCCUCCUCAGCUUCCUGGUGGCGCUGGCGGUCGGCACGCUGAGCGGCGACGCCUUCCUUCAUCUCAUCCCCCACUCUCAGGGAGGACACCAUCACCACCAUGAGGACUCUGGGACGGACGUGGAGGGACCUGACCACCACGAGGAGAACAUGGACGCGGUGUGGAAGGGCCUGACGGCUCUGGGUGGAGUCUACUUCAUGUUUCUCAUCGAGCACUUCCUGACGCUGGGAAAAAUGUACAAGGACAAGAAACAGAAGGUCCAGAAGAAGUGGGAUCAGAACGACAAAGCCGACCCGGAGAAGCAGCUGGCGCUGGGGGAGACCGACCUGAAGCCCCUGGAGGAUGUGGAGACUAACGGUGCCGGUGCGUUCGGCGACCACUCGAGCAGCCUGCAGGGCGGCAGCGUGGCGGAGGAGGAGCAGGUGAUGUUGGCGCCGCAGGUCUCCGUGGUGUCGCCGCAGGACUACGGCCGGGAGUCGGGCGCCGCCGCCGCCUACACGGACGAGGACUGUGAGAACAAGUGCCACUCCCACUUCCAUGACACUGUGGGCCAGGUCGACAGCAAGCACCACCACCACCACGACUACCACCACAUCCUGCACCACCACCACUCGCAGAACCACCACCCACACAGCCACUCCCACUCGUACUCAGAGCAGCACUUCCAGCAGGCCGGCGUGGCCUCGCUCGCCUGGAUGGUCAUCAUGGGAGACGGCCUGCACAACUUCAGUGACGGCCUGGCUAUCGGGGCUGCGUUCACCGAGGGUCUGUCCAGCGGCCUCAGCACGUCGGUGGCUGUUUUCUGUCACGAGCUUCCUCACGAGUUGGGUGACUUUGCGGUGCUGCUGAAGGCCGGCAUGACGGUGCGUCAGGCCAUUCUGUACAACGUGCUGUCGGCCAUGAUGGGCUACCUGGGCCUGGUGACCGGCAUCCUGAUCGGACAUUACGCGGACAACGUGUCCAUGUGGAUAUUCGCUCUGACGGCCGGGCUCUUCCUGUACGUGGCGCUGGUGGACAUGGUGCCUGAGAUGUUACAUAAUGACGCCGGCGACCACGGCUUCAGCCACUGCGGCUUCUUCCUGCUCCAGAACGCCGGCAUCCUGCUGGGCUUCGGCAUUAUGCUGCUUAUUGCUGUUUUUGAGCACAAAAUCCAGCUGGACCUGGGAUACUGAAGGGGCGGAGCUCAGUCCUAAGCUCCGCCUGCAUUCCACUGUGUCUCCGUCACAAGUGUAGUGUCGUGUUUUCAUUUGUUCCUGAUGAGCGAGCGCAGUCGUCUGGAUUUAGGUCACAUUCUCACUAGUGUCGACAGAAGCGCCAAUUCAAACUCAGAAGGACGUGUGUCUCUCUCUCUCUCUCUCUGUCUCUCUCUCUCUCUCUCUCUCUCUCUCUCCUGAGGUUCAGGAGAAUAGUUGUUGUGAUAACUGAGAUAGUUUUUUUUGUCCGUGUCAAACACAGGAGGCAGCUUCUCGUCCUCUUUGCUUUUACAAUCACGAGGCUCAUUUCAUCAGUUACUAAUUAUUAGCACUUUCGUUGGAUUGACCACAUCCAGCAUGUUACCGUGACAUGUUUCACCUGCUGAGUCGGAUUUUGCCUUUUUUUUUAAUUGUUGGAAGUUUCUGUGCUGCUGAGUCAAACCAGAUCAUUAUUCCUGUCGAUGCCUGAAGAGCUCAAGUCUUCAGAGUCUCACUUCUCUCAAAUGUUAGAUACUGAAACAGGAAACGUUCAAAAAAGAAUUGUGAACCGUUAUUGUUACAGAUUAAUUUUGGCGAUAGCUCCCCCUUGUGUUUGUUGUGAGAGCAGCAGCUCCUCAGGUCAGUGUAGAGGUCUGUGACCCGUGACGUGCAGAGAACAGAACAGAUGUCACGUCGGUGUCUUCACGUGAUCUUUGGGUUCAGUGGACGACAGGAAGCAGCUGUGAAAACGCAGCAAAGGUUUUGUUGGUGUCCUCGCUCGCACCAAAGGAAACAGAAGUGAACGGGACUCAAACCUUUGCCACAGAAACAUCUCUGUUUGACCGGUCGUUACUGGUUCGGUAGAAACCUGCUGACGUCCUGAGCACUGGUGACGCGGAGCGAGAACCUGAGGCCACUGAGUUCUUCUGUCGUUGAGUCUGAACGAAGCACGUCAGCAGCUUCAGGUCGACUCGACUGAGAAAUCACAUUACACUUUGUUUUACAUGGAACAGUUCAAGUUGUACGUUGAAACUGAAUCAGAUCCGUCCAUUAAAUGAAGCAGAGUUCGAUCUCAAGAAGGAAAACACAGCAAAUCACUGGGGGACUCAGCAGGUUCUGUGUAUUUUAAAUAGUUUUAUUUUCUUGUUACAGUUGAUGUGGCAGCUCGACUCUAAUGGUUUCCAGUUAAAUCAGUGAAUCUCUGUUACCAUAUGUCUCUGCUGUGUGGAAGCUGAAACACGGAUCUCAGUCUGAAAGGUUCCAUCUUAUUUCUUAGUUUUUUAUUGAAGACGUUGAUUCACACUUUGUGAAAAGAAUCUUUUUUUUCUUUACCUUUAAAAAAAGAAGUUCAACAAUAUGUUGAGUUCAGCCCUGAACCUCACUGUGUGUAUUACAUGUGUUAAAUGUGUGGAGUCACAGAGUCGGUGGGGAAAAUCUAAAACGGUGGGAUUAUGUGUAAAGAGGGAAUUAUUCUCUGUUUCUGUGUGGAACAAAAUGUGAGGAGUUAAUGACGGGAUCUGCAGCAGGUGGAUAAGAUUCAAUCCUACAGCUCUGCAGUGAAGACUCAGCAUUCAGGAUGUUUGUUCUUUUUCAUUGAAGCUGUUUGACAGAAUUCAGUUCGAUCAUCAGGCUGAAAACUCGUUAAUGCACCAGGAGGAGCUGCUGUCCUGGGACGUCAGUGUUCUCACACAGGUUCACUGGAAUCAGUCAAAAAACCAAGAAACAUCAGAAUCAUCAAAACAUCUGGAGUCGGGUUAAAGGUCGGAGACUUGUUCCACAUCUGCAGCAGCAAGAAUCACAAGUUUAUCUGAGUGAUUUUUACUUUUCUCCCCAGAAGUUCCCUGAUUGAAUUAUUAUUAUUAUAAUUAUUAUUUACUAUGAGACCAUGUGAAACCAGCCCUUGUCAUUUGCUGGAGGAAGUUUGACUUUCUGCAACGUUUACUCCAAACUCGUUAAAAUACCUUUACUGUGUUUUUAAAGUGACGCCUGUUGCUGUGGCAGCUUCACUGUUUCACUGCUUGGACGUAGAAACUGAACCGUGUGAGUUUCACAUGAAAGAUUCAUUUCUUGCAAAGUAAAUAAAUGUAAAUUUUUCAUUAAAUUCAAAGACCACACGUGUGUUUGUCUGCAGAGCUGCUGUCAGUGUUUGUGUUCUUCUGUCCACCUGUUGAGUCGGUGAACGUCAGGCAGCUUCCAUGUUGACUCUCUGUGACAUUCCUCAAUUCAAAUAAACGGCAUCAUCUCACAA